AUGGACUACGAUGCUCCACCCUUAGAUGGCAUGUGUUCAGAGGAUCAAGUCAUGAGUGAAUGUCCUGAACCUAUGGCAGCUACAAUGACUACUUCUCCAAUCAUCCAAUCCACAGAAAAGCGGAAAGUACCUGGGAAGAAUACGGCAAAACCUCCAUUUUGUACCCUGGCCUUGAAAAAGCCAGCGAUGGUACUAUCUUACCAAAAAGAGAAAUCUGGAAUUAUGAAACCCUCUGGAAAUCAAUGGCGUUUGUGGAUGGAAAACCCCCUAAGAACACCUGUAAUCAAGUCUCAACCUGCUCUUCCUCUUAACCCGUAA